CGUGCUGACGUCCUUCCUUCCUCCUUUCCUCUACUACCGGCGAGAAUGAAGACCAUUCUCAGUAACCAGACUGUGGAUAUCCCCGACGGUGUCGAGGUGAGGUUGAAGGGACGGACUGUCAUCGUCAAGGGUCCCCGAGGCGUCCUCCGUAGGGAGUUCAACCACAUCAACCUGGAACUCAGCCUUCUGGGAAAGACACACAAAAAGCUGCGUGUGGAUAAAUGGUGGGGCAACAGGAAGGAGCUGGCUACAGUCAGAACCAUCUGCAGUCACGUCCAGAACAUGAUCAAGGGAGUUACCAUGGGUUUCCGCUAUAAGAUGCGCUCGGUGUACGCCCAUUUCCCCAUCAACGUUGUGAUGCAGGAGAGUGGGGCUCUGGUGGAGAUCAGGAACUUCCUGGGGGAGAAAUACAUCCGGCGCGUCCGCAUGAGACAGGGUGUGUCCUGUGCCGUGUCUGCAGCCCAGAAGGAUGAGUUGAUUCUGGAGGGGAACGAUAUUGAGCUGGUGUCUAACUCUGCCGCUCUCAUCCAGCAAGCCACCACGGUCAAAAACAAGGAUAUCAGGAAGUUCCUGGACGGUAUCUACGUGUCUGAGAAGGGCACGGUCGCCCAGAAGGAGGAUUAGAGCUGCUCUGAUCCAACAAGUCACCACGGUCAAGAAGAAGGACAUCAGGAAGUUCCUGGAUGGGAUCUACGUCGGUGAGAAGACCGCUGUGGUGGAACAGACGGACGAAUAACUGAAGCAGAUACAUCUCUGGAACUCACUAUUGACCAAUAAAAUCCCUCCCUUUUUCAAUGACACCCCA